AUGACGGCCAAAGCGGUUAAUAGGAAACUUAAGGUCAUCGCCUCUGAACUCGCAGCAUUAUUAUCAUUCAGCUCUCAGUUUGAUGUGUCAUCUGGUAACAUCAAUGAGGUGCGUGCAAGAAUCGAAUCCUUGCCUGAGGUUGCUGAAAGAUUUGAACUGCUUCAAACCGAAUUAGAGAACCUUGAGGAACAUGUACCUGAUGAGCAACGUGUUUCAGAACGAUUGACACACAAAGAUCUUAUGUUCAGUGUCAAAGCAUCCUUAAUGAGUCUUUUGGAGUCCAAGCAGGAGAAAGGUUCAAGUGCUCCAUCAAUUAGUGAAGUGACAAGACUUGAUGGCGUUAGUGCAAUGAGACUUCCGCCAAUUGAUGCACCAAAAUUCAACGGUGAUUGGCAGAUGUGGACGUCGUUCAUAGAUUCAUUUAAUGCUAUGUUUCACAAAAACAAGGAUUUGCUCCCAGUUCAACGGUUGUACUAUUUAAAGAGUUGCUUACAAGGACAGGCUCGUGAGGUUAUUAGUUCAAUCCCUACUAUUGGUGAAAACUAUUUACAAGCAUACAAUACAAUAGUUAACAGAUAUGAGAAUAAGGGUGCCAUUAUUCAAUCACACAUUCGGUCACUCUUAGACACACCAAGAGUACUUACUGCGUCAGCCACAGAGCUACAAAAUCUUCAUCAUCACAUCAUGUCUAAUGUCAACGCGCUAAGGGCUGCAACUCAACCAGUAGAUUCUUGGGAUGCUUGGUUAGUAACGUUGAUCUGUAGUCGCAUGGACAGCGCCACAGUUGCCGAAUGGCAGCUACAUUAUAACAAAAAGGACUUGCCAUCUUUUACUGAAAUCGAAUCGUUCUUGUUUAAUAGAAUCGCUGCUUAUGAAGCUGGGGAAAUGAACAGCCACAAGGGUGGUUCCAACCCAGUGCCUGCAAAGUUGAUCCCAUCAUCGUUCAACAAACAGAAACUCUCUAAAUUUAACGACAAGAAAAUUCUGUUUGCCAAAUAUAACGAGAGCAAACCUAAGUGUAUCUCCUGUAACUCUGAGCAUUACUUAUUUCAAUGUAUGAAAUUUAAAAAUUUGUCAGUUGAGGAACGCAGAGAUGUUGUGUUCAAGAAUCGGUGUUGUUUCAACUGCUUGCGAUCUGAUCACCAAGUGCGUCAAUGCAGAUCGUCAUCAUGCACCCAAUGUGGAAAAAGACACAACACUUUGUUGCACCUCAGCUAUGGAGAGCAAGAGACAGAUGAGCCACGCAAUGACGAUAACCAGUCAGAUCAGGGGUCAAGUAGCGCAUCACCCAAUGUAGUCGGUUGUGGUAUGGUAAACAGAACAGUACAUUGUAAGCCUACUAUUCAGGUUAUAUUGGCUACAGUUGUGGUCCAUGUGAAUGACUCAUCAGGUAACGUGAUGCGUUGCAGGGCAGUACUUGACUCAGGAUCUCAAUUGUGUUUUAUCACUAACAAACUGGCUCGACGCCUCGGGUUACAGAUAGUCAACAAUACGGUUCCUAUUACUGGCAUCGGGCAGUCACGAUCAUCUACCAGCAAAUGUUGUUUGGGUACAGUGCAGUCUCGGUUUGUCCAAACACAGUUCCAGGUGCAACUUCAUGUAUUACCUACCAUCACUGGCGACCUUCCAACACAGAGGUUUGACACAAAUCAAUUAAACAUCCCUCGUGAAAUACAAUCAAAUUUAGCUGAUCCUGAAUACAGCAAACCUGGGUCUGUCGACAUGCUCCUUGGUGCUGAAAUAUUUUUUGAGAUUUUAAGACAAGAUAAACACUUUGUAUCAGAGCAUGCUGCUUUCCAGGACACUGUGUUUGGUUGGAUUUUGGUGGGUAAAGUCCUCACCCAACCAUCUGUGUUAUCGCUGGUACGUCCAGUCAUAAAUCAAUGCUCUGCAUUAUCGUUAUUCACAUCGGCAGUGUCAAGACGGUUAUGCGAAGAGGAAGAAUCUGUGGAACAACAUUUCACACAAACCACUCGUAGAAAUGAAAGAGGACAAUUUGUGGUUCGACUUCCGCUGAAAGAACAUCCUUUGUGCAUAGGAAAUACAAGCAUUAUAGCUAGGAAACGUUUUCUUAAUCUCGAACAAAAAUUGAUCAAAGACAAGGGGUUGUCAAAUGAAUACGACAACUUUUUGAUGGAGUACUUGAAGUUGGGGCACAUGGAAAAAAUUGGACAGUUCAAUGAAACCCAAUCCAACGGAUAUUACAUACCCCACCAUGCAGUCUUCAAAAGCACCAGCACAACCACGAAGUUACGAGUAGUGUUUGAUGCAUCUACUAUAGGUUCGACAGGGAAAUCGUUGAAUGACUUACUCAUGAAAGGUCCAGUUGUCCAACCUACUUUGUAUUCCACACUGUUGCGUUUUCGAGUCCAUCAAGUAGCCCUCACAGCAGAUAUAGAGAAGAUGUAUCGACAAAUACUGGUUCAUAAUGACGAUUGCCAGCUACAAAAAAUAGUUUAUCGGUCAAGGCCAACUAAUGAGCUUCAAGAGUUCAUGUUGAAAACAGUCACGUAUGGUACAAAAACUGCCCCGUACUUAGCCACCAGGUGCCUGGUACAAUUGGGUAAUACAUGCACUGAUCCGGACUUAGCAAGAAUUAUCCAAAGGGAUUUCUAUGUAGAUGAUUUAUUGACAGGAGCAGACACCGAGGAACAAUGUUAUGAGAUUUUCCAAAAACUCACCAGUGUGCUCAACGGCGCCCAGCUACCAUUAAGGAAGUGGUGCUCAAACUCGUCAACACUCUUGUCCUUAUUACCUACUACCACUGAUGAUAACUACAUAAUAACAUUGUCAGAAUCUGACUCAGUGAGUGCAUUGGGGUUGCAAUGGCAACCAAGCACAGAUAGUUUUAAAUUUGUCAUGAAACCAUGGACUCCACCUAAACGAAUGACUAAGCGUAGUUUGUUGUCAGAUAUCAAUAGUAUUUAUGAUCCCAUUGGUUUGAUUACUCCAGUACUCAUCAAAGGAAAGAUUUUUUUACAACAGUUAUGGAGUCUGAAAAUUGACUGGGAUGAAGUAUUAUCAGAUGACAUUUGUUCAAGGUGGACAACCUUUUAUUCCAGCCUCCAUCAACUUGUUGAGUUAUCAGUACCUAGAAAGGUGUUACUCGCCGAUGUGAUCAAUCUCCAGAUACACGGUUUUUGCGACGCGUCUCAAUUGGCAUUUGGUGCUUGCGUGUACCUGAGGUCGGUCACACGUGACGGCAGUGUGUAUGUCCACUUGUACACAUCGAAGUCCAGGGUCGCACCACUGAAGGCCACGACCAUUCCGAGGCUCGAAUUAUGUGGCGCUGUGACAUCAGCCGAACUUGUCCUUGAAGUUCAAGCCGAAUUACGUCAGUUAAAUGUCAUAGUCCCACCUAACAAUGUAUUUUUAUGGAGCGACUCCACAAUUGUUCUGGCGUGGAUCGCGAGCACUAGUUUAUUCCAGGUGUAUGUUUCAAAUCGUAUAGCUCGUAUCCGAGACUUAUCAACUACGCGUCAAUGGCACCACGUCCCAACAAACGAUAAUCCUGCGGAUGUAAUUUCACGAGGUGUUGACGUGCGUACAAUCACUGUCUCCUCUCUUUGGUGGCAUGGGCCAUCAUGGUUGAGUCAAGAGUCAAUUGCAUGGCCAGACUGUCCAUCGUUACCAACAGAGAUGCCUGAAGUUAAACCUGUGAAAUUCGUCUUAUCAGCAUCCCAAGCAGCUUCACCUUGGUUAUUAGAAUCAUAUUCAGAUUGGAUGAAAUUGCUGCGGAUUUCAGCUCUUGUCAUGCGGUUUAUCUCAAAUUGUCAGAUAAAAGCAGAGUGUAAAGAAAACCGGUGUGUUGGGUUUAUUCUAUCGCAAGAGUUACAGGUAGCAAGGAACCACUGGUUGCGACAAGCUCAAGCAGUAGCAUUUCCUGAAGAUUAUUCUUUGCUAAAAAACAAACAACAAGUUUCCCGUCGCAGUUGCUUAAAACAGUUAAGUCCAUUCAUUGAUGAGGCUGGGCUCAUUCGUGUUGGAGGUCGUUUGAUGAAUGCUUCCAUAUCAAGCUCCAUGAAGCAUCCCAUCGUAUUACCAUCCGCCAGCCAAGUAACUCGAUUACUGUUCAAAUAUGAACAUAUCAGAUUACUGCAUGUAGGACCAUUGGCAUUGUUAUCACAUAUCAAUAAUUAUUACUGGGUUAUUAGAGGUCGGUGCAUAGCAAGAUCCACCGUAAGUCGCUGUAUUCAAUGCUUCAAAACCAGUCCUAGAUUUGUAUCACCAUUCAUGGCACCCCUUCCACGUGAAAGAGUGACCAUCGCAAGACCUUUUGCACGAACUGGUGUAGAUUAUUGUGGCCCGGUGAUGGUGCGAAGUGGGUUAAGGAAAGUUACUCCUCUGAAGUGUUACGUGUGUGUGUUCAUUUGUUUGGUAACCAGAGCAAUACAUCUAGAGUUAGUGGCGUCAUUGUCAGCAGAUGACUUCUUGAGCACCUUAUCCAGGUUUAUGGCUCGUCGGGGGCAAUGUCGAGAACUGUUCAGCGACAACGGUACCAACUUUGUCGGCGCAGAUCGAAUCUUGCGAAUGCACAUUCAGGACUGCCAAAAGACAACCAAAGUACACAAUUUUUUAAGCAGCCGAGGCAUUGACUGGCAUUUCAUACCUCCGUCAGCACCUCACUUUGGUGGCAUUUGGGAGGCGGCGGUCAAAUCAGCCAAAAAACAUUUGUUGCGUGUUUCCAAAGGCGUUAUGAUGACCUAUGAUGAGACUACCACAUUGCUAUGCCGCAUAGAAGCAGUUUUGAAUUCACGGCCAUUGACACCACUGUCAAGCGACCCUUCUGACUUCACUGCGUUGACAGCUGGCCAUUUUUUGAUUGGUGGUCCAUUACAACUCCCACCUGAACCAGAUUGUACAGGCAUUCCACAGAACCGUCUGCGUCGAUUCCAACUCAUGCAAGCCCAAGCACAGAACUUUUGGAAACGGUGGUCUUCUGAGUACUUGCCGCAGUGUCAACGACGUGGCAAAUGGACCAAACUCACACGCAACAUUGAAGUAGGAGAUUUAGCAGUCUUGAAGAAUGACAACAGCCCACCUCUGCAAUGGGACCUAGUUCGUGUUACCAAGGUUCAUCCAGGCCCUGAUGGAAUUGUACGAGCAGUCACGGUACAAAGUUCUUCGGGCGCUGAGUUCAAGCGUCCAGCAACCAAGUUGGCUGUUCUACCCACCGAGAACGAUGAAGUCGGAGAAGGGCAGAACAUGUCUUAA